CGUAGAAAUUCUGAUGAAUAUAAUAAUUAUUAUUUAAAGCUUGUCAUAUGACAUCAUUCUUUUCCAAUAUUAGAAUAAAUAAUCAUAGUAUUAGUUGUAAUGAUAAGUCUGUCCUCUUUGUCUUAGCACCUUCUUAAGAUUCAAUUAAAAGCUUCAGACCUUUCUGUUUUCUUUACGUUUCACUUCUCCUCAAUAUCCUAUAUAUAUUAGCCCAACAGCUUUAAUAUAUAUAUAUAUAUAUAUUUGUAAUGAAUUUCGCCGCACAGAUGCAAUCACUGGCUGUCAAAAAAACCAACCCCCAUGUGCGCCUGUUACCUGUUCGGUCAAAUGCUUGACAGCAAGCAAUUCCGAGAAAUUUGUGUGAAUAAUGCAAUGCAGAAAAAGACACACAAAAUGAGCUUAGUUGGUUGUUACAAUCCAAUCCUAAUUCCCAAUCUUAACUAAUUUCAAUCAUUGUGCAGCUGAAAGUGUACAUGAUGAUGGUCAAUAGUCCUCUCUCUCUCUCUCUCUCUCUCUCUCUCUAUAAGAGACUUGUUUGCUGAUCUCAUCAUCUUGGACUUUUUUUUUCUAGAUGAGUUGCUUGCUUGCAAACCCAGAAUUAUUAUGUGAUUUGUCGUUCUGGGUAUUGGUUGUAUUUGCUGUUUCUUGACUGGUACGCGGGUCAUUUUCUUUCUCUAUCUGCUCUCUUUUUCUUAGACCCUCAUGUGCGUGUUCUCAUUUUUAUAUAGAUAAAUUUAUUGGGAGCUCAGAGAUAUAUUAUUGGGAUUUGUGUUUCUGGGAAUUGCCUGAUUGGUUCACAUCUGCUACUUGGAAGGUCAACAGCCACUAUCUCUCACUCAAGGCUUUCGUUUCAUAUGCCACUUUCAUUAUUUAUUCCUCUGUGGAUGCAUUCCCUGCAUAUCCAGAAAUAUUUUGGGAUUGGUGUUUCUGGGUCCUGUUUUUGUUGUUUUCUGAUUGAUUGAUUGAUUUAUGGGUAAUUCAUUGUUCUCUGUCCUUUAUUUGUCUUUCCUUUUUCUGGGUAUUUGUUAUUCUUUGUCUAAUGGUGACCAAGAGAGAGAUAAGAUCACAGAGUUACCUGGGCAGCCAACCAAUGUUGGUUUCACUCAGUACUCAGGUUAUGUGACUGUAAACCAGCAGGCUGGGAGGGCUUUGUUUUACUGGUUGGUUGAGGCUCCGGCGAGCCGUGGCGCUGAGUCAAGGCCACUCUUGUUGUGGCUCAAUGGAGGGCCUGGUUGUUCUUCUGUAGCCUAUGGAGCUGCUGAAGAGGUUGGACCUUUCCGUAUUCGUCCUGAUGGGAAGACCCUUUACCUAAAUCCAUAUGCUUGGAAUAAUUUGGCAAAUGUGCUUUUCCUUGAAUCACCAGCUGGUGUUGGUUUUUCAUAUUCAAAUACAUCGUCAGAUUUAUAUACCGCAGGUGACCAGAGAACAGCUGAAGAUGCAUAUACAUUUCUGGUCAAUUGGUUUGAAAGGUUUCCACAAUACAAGCAUAGAGAUUUUUACAUUGCUGGAGAAAGUUAUGCAGGUCAUUAUGUUCCCCAACUGUCUCAACUUGUUUACCAAAGAAACAAGGGAAUUCAGAAUCCAGUAAUUAAUUUCAAAGGCUUCUUGGUGGGGAACGCUGUUACUGAUGAUUAUCAUGAUUAUAUUGGCACCUUUGAGUACUGGUGGACUCAUGGUUUGAUUUCUGAUUCUACCUAUAAAAUUCUCCGAGUUGCCUGCGACUUUGGGUCCUCUCAGCACCCAUCAAGUGAUUGCAUGAAGGCUCUGACUGUUGCAGUAAGGGAGCAAGGAAACAUCGAUCCAUAUAGCAUUUUCACACGCCCUUGCAGUAAUACUUCAUCUCUGACGCAUAACUUAAGGGGUCAUUAUCCAUGGAUGUCAAGAGCAUACGACCCAUGUACAGAGAGAUAUUCACAAGUGUACUUCAAUCUUCCAGAAGUUCAGCAUGCGCUUCACGCCAAUGUCACUGAUAUUAGCUAUCCAUGGAAAACAUGCAGUGAUAUUGUUGGUAACUACUGGGGGGAUUCACCAUUAUCCAUGCUUCCUAUUUAUCAAGAAUUAAUAGCAGCUGGUCUCAGGAUAUGGGUAUACAGUGGAGACACUGAUGCAGUGGUUCCUGUUACUGCAACUCGAUACUCCAUUGAUGCCUUGAAGCUUCCAACUAUUACCAACUGGUCCCCGUGGUAUGACAAUGGAAAGGUUGGUGGCUGGAGCCAAGUAUACAAAGGGCUGACUCUUGUAACAGUGACCGGAGCAGGACAUGAGGUUCCUCUUCACCGCCCUCGACAAGCUUAUAUUCUUUUCAGAUCAUUUCUGGGUAACAAGCCCAUGCCAAGCUAAAAACAAAAAUAAAAAAAAAUAAAAUAAAAACUACUUGGUUUAGCUUAUUUAAUUCAUGAAAAUUUAUAGAAAUCUUAAUUUAUUGAGGCUAAGAAGAAUGAAUAUUUAAGGGGACCAACACUGGGUUGUGUCCUCUGCAUCCUCCAUUGACGAUUGUCAAAGGAAAAAAUAUUUCUUCAAGAUUCGAGUGUCUGGAGUAGAAAAUUCUAUUCUUUUCAGGUUUGUUUUUUUUUGGAUUCAUAAAUCAUGUAAGUGUAAUUUAUACACUGUUUUGAGGUUUACUCAUUAGAAGUGUACAUGAUUGAACAUUCUCCUCCAUGGUUUCCAAAAGAUUUUUGGUAAAAUAUUAUUUUAAUCUUAA